AUGGUUGUGAUCAUCCAUCCUUUACUCUAUCAGAGUCAAGACAUCGCUGUGGCCGAUUGGUUCACCCUUUUCACCCUAUGUCUUGCUCCUCUGAUUGCGCAUGUCCUGAUUGGCGCACCUUCACCGACAUAUUUGUCCCUCAGUCGUCCAGCUUGGCAUGACCGCAUCUGCCACUACAAUCCCACUUCCAUUCUUUGGCGGUACGCUUUGGUCGCCGAUCGGCGGAUUCGGGCACGAAACUGGGACAAGUUUGACUUUGCCGCUACGAACGCCUUAUUCUGGACUGACCAUGGUUGGGACGGGACUGAAGAUAUUAUCAAGUACAGCCGACCGCGCUGCGUCCAGCUACCGGAUAGCAAUAUGGUUACACUGCUGUCCAGAGACACAAUCAAGACGCUCAUUAUUACUAUCCAAGGGCUACAGGCGAUUAUCCUACUUCUAGGUAGCCAGCUUGACCCAACUGCCCCCAGAUUCACAAUAUUCAUGGCUGUCGACAUUAUAUUCUUUCCCAUGGCACUCUUUGGUCUGUUGAGACUUUGCAGCUGUCUUUGGCUUACCGAUGAGUUUGCAUUUGCUUCUGUUGAAGAUAUUCCAGCAGGCACUUCACCGGGUAUGGGCUGCAGUACCACAUCGUUCGAGCUCUUAGCUGGUAACCCUUCGAUCCCUGAACCACAACGAUUCCGCCAUCCAAAGACUUGGGCAAGUGCAGCAUUUCGACUUGCCUACAUCUUGGUACUGCUUGCUUUAUUAUGCCUAGCACUAUCGUUCAUAGUGCCUCAGAGCUCGGCCUAUGUGAUUGUUUAUACAAUGACUACCUUUGUAGUCGUUUUGUUCUUCAUCACAAUCCUUGGCUUCUCUGUUAUUAUCUUCAUAUGUUUCAUGGGUUUCAAGAGAAACACCUCUACCGUUAUACCCUGCAUAUCCUCUAUAUGGUACAAGCUCUACACUGUCGCUCUAACUUGCUUUGGAAUUGCUGUGGUUGUAAUUGCUUGUAUAGAGACCCGAAAGACUCCGUGUGGAAAAUUCACUAGUGGCAGUGUAGUUUCCGGAGACGUCUUAGCAUGUAUGAGCACAGGAUUCGACAAAACCGAGACGAGACAAACCGUCGAUGGUCCUUACAACGGGACUACGCUUUACCGCUUCUCGCAUGUUAAUAAUGCUAGCUUUGUGGUGGCCCGAUACGAGGACGACCAGCAAAAUACCUUCAAUAUUACUAGAAUGUGUUUUAGUAAUAUCUGGGGUAUUUAA